GAAGAUCCCUGGAAGGGUUUACUGAGGAGUGAAAUACUAGUCUUUGGCUUCAAACAUGUCUUCAUGUCUCCGAGUUCGGUAGAUAAGGAUCCUAAAGCUACGUGCUCCAGUAAUGCUUACCUGCACGGUAUGAAGUCUGUGACUAAAGGAUCUCUGGCCUAUAUUGCCACACAGGUUCAGUUUUCAUUAAGCUCGUCAUCCGUAUUUUCCCGUACCGAUAUGGUGACGGACUCAGAAAAUUUCUAUCAUAGCAUCCUUGACCUAUUGGAAGAUCCUGAUGAAAGUGAGGAAGUAGUCAAGCUGAUGACGUGGUGGACGCAUCGGGUUUUUCCUAAUUCUUCAUCUGCACAGCGCAAUGUCAGCAAAAACAGUGCACUGUCAAAGAUUCGGGAAAAAUGUGCUGCCCUACAAGCCACUGCCAGUGCUGGCAUCAAUUAG